AAUCAAACAACGGGACUUUAAGAUCGAUUCUCGGUUGGAAAGUGGUUAUUAUCUAAGUUUUUUAGAAUAUUUUAAAAAUGAGCACCAUGAAAAAAGUGAAUUUCUUAUAAAGCAAUAUAAG